AUGAGCGCGGCCGGUUCGCGUCGCGUGCAUUCCUCUCGUGGCAGAAGAACUCAUCCCUCACAGGCUGUGGAGGGAAAGAAGCCGUCAGGAAGCGUCACCCGGCUUCCCAGCAUUCGCAACUCCGCCCCCCGUGGCGGUCGUUCGCGUUCCUCCAUCAGCGAAGCCGGGAAGCAGAGGCGGGUGCAGCGGGAUGCGGAGCUUAUUUUGGCGGAGUGUCUUUGGCACUUGUGUGGUGAAAAUGCGGAGGAGACGAUGAACAACGUUCUUGCCGUCGUGAAUAUGCGACGUAGCGGUGCGCUUGAGCCGCGAAAAGGGUUGCCUUUAUGGCAGCGCGUGCAGGCCAUUGUGGUGGUUGCCAAUCAAGAGGGAGUCCGGCGUAUUCAGAUGGCGAUUCCGUGUGAAAAGGUGCUGUUUUUCUUUGAUAGUUCGCUGCGUUUGUUGGAAUUGCCGUCAAAGAUCUCUUGCCCUUUGCGACAGGACGAAUUUGCCUCGCUCCCGUCACUGCGCAAGUAUCUUGUUGGGGCAACUCUGAACAACAAGGCAUUUCUGCAGAAAGUGGCAGGGGAUCCGGCUCAUGUCGUCGUGCAGACACUCCUGCAUUCCCUCAAAGAGCAGCGAGCCGCGUUUUCCACCAUGACGCUUUACAAUUUGGCGGUUGUUAUGGUGGCGGUGCAGCGGUUUGAGCUUGCCAGCCAUUUUAUUGCCUGCUGCAGCGAGUUGAUCGAGGUGUGUUUGCGCAUCGACAUAUCGGGAUGCAAAGAGGUUCAGCCCCUUUACAAUGCAUACAUUGUAAACAUUGCCAAACAUGCCAUCACGUGCCACCACUUAGUUGCAGCGCUCGCCGCGUGGUGCAGAAUGCGUGACGUGGAAAUGUAUCACUGCCAGCUUGCUGUGUGCUGUGCUCAACGUUUUAUUGACCCCAAAAGUCUUCUUGCCAUUCGCUGCAAGCAACGACUGUUGGCAGCCAGGGAUGGAAGCAGCGCAUUGAUGAUGAGUGAAAAUGAGCCACCGCGACUGCCAAUGCUCACAGACGAUUUAUCUCUUGUGUCAGAUCCUCUUUUUAUUGUGCUACUGGAGCGGGUGGAGAAGAUUCAGGUACCGUCGAGGCUUGAAAACUACAUGUCCCAAUUGAUGUCGCGUCGAGGGCCACUUGCCUCUUGCAAGCUCGGGUUUCUGCCGCCAAUCAAAAAGGGGCGGCAGCGCUCGCCUGGAACAAAGCGAGUUCCCACUCCCGGAAGAAAACGCACUCCGACAUCGCGAGAGCGUUCGCCCAUGCAGAGGAGAGUCAUGUCAAGUUCCGGUAGAAGAAGCCAACCGAAAUCAGGAGAAAAAUCAGAAAUUUCCAUCAGUACGACUGCAGUGAUGGAAUCAUUUAAAAAGGAGCGGGCCGCCACACCACCGAGAGACGAAGCCGUAUUUUCCAUGAGGCCCAGCUCAAGACCGGGGUUUCCAGCCCUCAUCACACUUGUACCCAAGACAGCGUUUUACUGCUACAAGCACCUGCGGAAGGAACUGCGUCAGUUAAUGCGCGAGCUUGGCGAUCAUGUAAGUUAUGAGACGACAGCGACGACGAACCUAACAGAGGGCCGGGAAUCAUUGGGAGGGAUAAGUAUUCAUGAAAGCAUCAUCUCUGAGAGCAAGGUGGUUUCACCGAAUCCUAAAACUUACAUGCAAAUCAUGGAUAGGAAGCUGCGAUUUCUGUCGAGGGUUUUCCCAGAUGAAGAUUUUGAAAGAAAAAAACUCGCAAUUGUUAUUAUACAGAGUUUCUGGCGAGGAGCCGUUGACCGUCGUGAAUGUCGCCGACUCCAGUCAAUGGUACAUGAGACUACCAUCAGGCGUGAGGCCGCUGAGAUCAUUCAGCGUGCAUUUCGCAACCACUGUGCUACUCGAGAGUGCAUACGGAAAAAGAAGGAACUUAGAGCACAUCGAAUUGUUGUGCAGCGGGUGACGCUUAUUCAGCGUUAUCUGUAUCAGAAGAACAGCGUGGAAAAAACUGGGGGGAAAAAAGUCAUUUUAAUUAAACGAGCCAUUGCUGAAAUAUUGGAAGCACGUCGGAGAAACGCUGCUGCCAUUCGUUUACAGUCAUUUUGGCGUAUGUGCACUGUGUGGAUGUGGCUUCGUCGUGUUGUGGCAGCGACUAGGAAGAUUCAGUGUGUAUUGAGAGGGCACAGGGGAAGAGUCAGGGCGAGGGAGAGACGUGUCUACGUCCGCUUGGAGGAGCAGAAGCGGAUAGCCAGGCACACUAUGGCUGCUCGGCCCAUUCAGGCGUGGUGGAGAAAUGUGUUGUUGCUUCGUGCGUGCAAAGCCAUUUUGACGCGCAGACAACGCGAUGUCAUGGUGUACCUGGAAGAAAUAGAGGAAAAAUUUAAUGUAGAGUGGGAGCGCAUCAAGCACCUCCCCAACGUGGAGCUCUGCAUACUGAAAAUAUUGGCUGUGCUCCGAGGCUUCCACUGCCGUGUGGAAAUUGCAUGGCAACGGAAACGCAUGCACAUUCUUCGUCGCUUUUUUCUGUGCAUUUUAUGGAAAAAACGAGAACAACGACGCCUAAAGUGCCUACGGGAGGAGCGGCAGGGAUCUCGCAUGUUGCGGCGUCGGCGGGAGGAGGUGUUGGAUGCGGUUCUCCGUAUACAAUGUGCUGCUCGCCGUUGGUUGGCCUCUCGAGUACGAAGCGUUUUGUGGGCGGAGUUGCAGAGCAAGCAUCAUCAGGCCCGCGUUAUCCAGCGCACAUAUCGACGUCAUGUGGGUCGACGGUGGAUUCGUGCCCUAAAGGAGGAAGCGAGGCUUGAGGAGGAAAAGCGCAUGGUGGGUCAGAUAAUCCAUUACAGUGCCUCUAAGAUUCAAGCCACCUGGCGCAUGUAUAUUGAGAGACGCUCCCAGGCGGAGUACCUGCGCUUUCUUCUCUGGGAACGCCAUAUACUCUCGUCUCGCAUCCAAAGGGCCUGGCGUGCGCACAAGGCUCGUCUUCAAUCCCAUUGGCGGCGCCUUCACGAAGAAGAUACGCAUCGUCAUUUCCAAGAGAGACAGUAUCGGCUGAUGGCCGUGAUUCGCAUCCAGUCUGUUGUACGCAUGUUUCUUGCGCGUCAAAAACUGUUGCAUGCAGGAGUGAGGCUGCGACCCACCCCGGCGUUUUUGAAUUGGUGUGCACAGCGAAUACAGUGCGCGUGGCGCCGUUACGCCGCCUACGAGUAUGUGCAGCAGCUCCGUUUUUCGCGUUCUUACUACGAUCAGCAGAAGAUAAAUAUGGAGUCGUUGUAUACUUAUGCGACAAUGAUCCAAUCUUUGGUGCGGGCUAAAAUUCUGAACGUGCGGCGUGUUGCGGCUCGUCUCCUCGAGGUGGAAAAUGACGAUGAGGACCACAAAAGGAAGCGGGAGGCGGCAAUGCGAUCGUAUUACGCCGCCAUCACCACACAGCAGAAAGGGAGGCUUUUGGAAGAUUUUCUCAGGCCACAACCAGCAACGCCGACGUCAUCCGUGACGACGGAGGGAGUUGCAUCUUCCCCAGCGGAUGCAGGGCCUGAGGACUCCCAGGAAGAUGGCGAGAGGCUGGCAGAGGAGCUUGUGCAGCUGGUCCAGCGCUGUGGUCGUGGUGCCCUGGCGCGUCGCAGCAUGUUUUCCGUGCUCUCUGACACCCCGCGAUGGAAGGCGGCCGUGGAUAUACAGCGUGUGUGGCGCGGCUACUGUUCGCGACAGCUCGUGGAGGUGUACUAUGAGUUUUUUGUGGAGGAAGUGAGGACGGAAGGCGACAGAAGCGAAAAGGGGGGAAACAUGGAAAAUGUAGAGGAGUUUGUCAAUUCACAACCAGCAACGCCGACGUCAUCCGUGACGACGGAGGGAGUUGCAUCUUCCCCAGCGGAUGCAGGGCCUGAGGACUCCCAGGAAGAUGGCGAGAGGCUGGCAGAGGAGCUUGUGCAGCUGGUCCAGCGCUGUGGUCGUGGUGCCCUGGCGCGUCGCAGCAUGUUUUCCGUGCUCUCUGACACCCCGCGAUGGAAGGCGGCCGUGGAUAUACAGCGUGUGUGGCGCGGCUACUGUUCGCGACAGCUCGUGGAGGUGUACUAUGAGUUCCCUGCGGAGGAAGAGGGGACUGAAGGCGACAGAAGCGAAAAGGGGGGAAACAUGGAAAAUGUAGAGGAGUUUGUCAAUUCACAACCAGCGAUACCGACGUCAUCCGUGACGACGGAGGGAGUUGAGGGAGUUGAGGGAGUUGCAUCUUCCCCAGCGGAUGCAGGACCUGAGGACUCCCAGGAAGAUGGCGAGAGGCUGGCAGAGGAGCUUGUGCAGCUGGUCCAGCGCUGUGGUCGUGGUGCCCUGGCGCGUCGCAACAUGUUUUCCGUGCUCUCUGACACCCCGCGAUGGAAGGCGGCCGUGGAUAUACAGCGUGUGUGGCGCGGCUACUGUUCGCGACAGCUCGUGGAGGUGUACUAUGAGUUUUUUGUGGAGGAAGUGAGGACGGAAGGCGACAGAAGCGAAAAAGGGGGAAGCGCGUAA